AAUGUGUCAAUUUAGAAAGAAAACUUAACCUCAAAAAUAAUUGUGACGUCUUAUUUAUUUGUUAAUAAGGUUAAUAAUCUCGUGAUUAUGUCUAAAGAAAAUCAUAUUGAUCGUGAUUUAGAUUUAAAUAAUGCUUCGAGAGGUGUUUGGUUGGUUAAAGUACCUAAAUACAUAGCGAAUAGAUGGGAGAAAGCCCCUGGGGAUAUAGAAGUUGGAAAAUUGAAAAUAACUAAAGUUUUAGGUCAAAAACAUCAAGUGUCUUUGUCUUUAUCGCAAGCUGUGUUAAAUUUACCCGAUUGUAAAGGUGAAAAUAUACCAAAGGAUCAUAGAUUAGACGUUUCGACUGUAACCCAACAAACGUUAGGGGUGUUUUCUCAUAUGACUCCUGUUAAUAAAGACUCCGUCGUACCUGAAAGUGAAAAAUUAUUUUUGGAAGGAAAAAUAGUUCAAAAACUAGAAUGUAGACCGUACGCUGAUAAUUGUUACAUGAAACUAAAAUUGGAAUCAAUCAAAAAGGCAUCUAUGCCUACGAGGAAAGUGCAACAACUUGAUCGUGUUGUGCAAACUUAUAAACCAGUUUCAGAUCAUAAAAAUAAUAUUGAGUAUAUUGAACGGAAGAAAGCUGAAGGUAAGAAAGCGAGGGAUGAUAAAGAACAUGUUUUGGAAAUGUUAUUUGCUGCUUUUGAAAAACAUCAAUAUUACAACAUAAAAGAUUUAGUUAAGAUAACAAAACAACCAAUUACUUAUUUAAAAGAAAUUCUUAAAGAUGUUUGCAAUUAUAAUUUGAAAAAUCCUCAUAAAAAUAUGUGGGAGUUAAAACCUGAAUAUCGACAUUAUAAAGAACCUACUGAACCUAAAAAACCUGAAACUGAUGAAGAAGAUGAUGAUUAAUUUAUUUUUUCAUGUUAAUUUUUAAGUUUUACUGAAUUAAUUUCAAAGUGUCUAUGUGUAUAUUAAUUUUGACAAAGAAAUUAAAAUAAAUAAAUCUUUUCUUUACACAA